GUGCUUGAACCUCAUGCAAGGGUCAUCUCCGUGUUACAUAUCCCAUUUAAACGCAGGAGAACAAGCGUGGCCAAGCCUCAUCAGUGAGCUGCCCUGCUGUCAAGAACUUCAAUCAUGCUCUUAUUCACAAUACGACAAUUGGCUAGACCGGUGUGCCAGCGCUCUCCAGCAGCAGCAGCAGCGGCGGGCAGAACGUGGAGGGGGCAGCACUCCCAGUCGGCGUCCCGCAACCUCGAGCAGCAUGAGCAGCCCUGGACGGGCCAGGACAGCCUGGCACAGGACGACCCCGAGAUGUGGCAGCUGCUGACCAAGGAGAAGGACCGGCAGUGCCGAGGUCUGGAGCUCAUCGCCUCCGAGAACUUCUGCAGCCGCGCAGCGCUGGAGGCCCAGGGCUCCUGCCUCAACAACAAGUACUCGGAGGGCUACCCUGGCAAGAGGUACUACGGUGGCGCUGAGGUGGUGGACCAAAUCGAGCUGCUGUGCCAGAAGCGGGCUCUAGAGGCCUUUGACCUGGACCCUGCGCUGUGGGGGGUCAACGUGCAACCCUACUCCGGCUCCCCAGCCAACUUUGCUGCCUACACAGCUGUGCUCAAACCCCACGACCGCAUCAUGGGCCUGGACCUGCCCGACGGAGGACAUCUGACCCACGGCUACAUGUCUGAAGUGAAGCGCAUCUCCGCCACCUCCAUCUACUUUGAGUCCAUGCCCUACAAGCUGAACCCUAAGACUGGUCUCAUAGACUACGAUCAGUUGGAGCUGACCGCACGUCUCUUCCGGCCCCGGAUGAUCAUCGCCGGCACAAGCGCCUAUGCUCGCCUCAUCGACUACGCCCGCAUCAAGAAGCUCUGUACUGAAGUGAAGGCCUUCUUGCUGGCUGACAUGGCUCACAUCAGUGGGCUGGUAGCUGCCCGGGCCAUCCCCUCCCCGUUUGAGUAUGCCGACAUGGUCACCACAACCACACACAAGUCCCUCAGAGGAGCAAGAGCUGGUAUGAUUUUCUUCCGUAAGGGUGUGCGCUCAGUUGACAAGAAAGGCCGUGAAAUCAUGUAUGACCUGGAGGAUAAGGUCAACUUCUCCGUCUUCCCUUCACUGCAGGGUGGCCCGCACAACCAUGCCAUCGCAGGGGUGGCGGUCGCUCUCCGCCAGGCCAACACACCCAUGUUUAGAGACUACAUUGCCCAGGUGAUUCGUAACGCGAAGUCCAUGUCUGAUGCACUGCUGAAGAAAGGCUACACCCUGGUCUCAGGAGGCACAGACAACCACCUGGUGCUGGUGGACCUGCGUCCACAGGGCAUGGACGGGGCCCGGGCCGAGCGCGUGCUGGAACUGGUGUCCAUCACGGCCAACAAGAACACCUGCCCCGGGGACAAGAGCGCCCUGACCCCCGGCGGCCUGCGGCUAGGUGCGCCAGCCCUCACCUCUAGGCAAUUCAAGGAGGCAGACUUUGAAACGGUGGUGGAAUUGAUGGACGAGGGCUUCAAGAUCGCUCUGGAUGUGAAGAAGAAGACUGGCAAGCUGCAGGAGUUUAAAAACUUCCUCCUGGAGGACCCAGAGACGGUGGCGCGCCUGGCUGAGCUGCGGCACCGUGUGGAGGCUUUUGCCCGACCCUUCCCCAUGCCGGGCUUCCAUGACCACUAGAGGGCUGCAAGAAGGGGUGAUGAGCGAGGGAGAGGAAGAGAGAGGGGAGAUGGGGUAGAGGUCGGAUGAUUAGAGAGGGGGCGAAAGAGAUGAAUGAGUGGACGCACAGUAAAACCAACACCUUGUCCCUUACACACCAGUCUAAAAGACAUCAUCCUUUUUUUUUCAUUUCAAAUAAUGUUUUAGGCAGUGACCUCUCAGGAAUGGAUGAUGGGCAGUAGAGUCUCUAUUUUGUAUUUUUAAUUUUUUUUAUCCUUUUUUGUUUUUGCUCAUUUCUUUUCCUUGAGCUUCUUUUUCUCUCUCUACUUUUUUUUGUUUACACAAAUGGCUGUUGUCACGCUGUCCUGCGGAGCUUGAAAUGGGACGUAAUCUGCGCCGAUGAUCACACAUGCGAGACCACGGCCAACCCUCUGGCGACUCGCUAUCCGUCACCAGCCAGGGAGUCGGCCACCGCCAGCAGGACAAACAUAGUCUUAAACCUUAGAUGGAGUGAGUGAGGGAGGCCAGUGGAGGAGAGUAGGAGCGAUACACUUAUGUUUCUUAAAAUAUCAUGUCUGAGCAUAGAGCAAGAUAGAGUGCAUACACUGCUGGCACAUUUUAUAAUAUAUAGUGAUGAUGUUUUCUGUGAUAAACUUUAUUUCUUACACCAGGGGGUCCAACUGUGGAUGAGUGAUUUGACUACUGGGUGGUAGAUUCAAAAGGGCAAGGGCAAGUGGAAGGGGAUCUCAAGGAAGAUUCUCCCUGCAUCAGCAAUGCCACAUUCACUGCCCACUGCAAGGAUAGUGACUCAGCCUUUAGCUAUAUGGCAUCUUGCAUAUAAAAGACUUACAAUCCAGGCUUUUCACCAUCUGGCUGUUUAAAGAAAAAAAAGGACCCAAGAAAGUUGAAGAGAUUCAAAGUAAUAGAAGUGUAAUUACCUCUAUAUAGAUAGGACUAAUGCUCAAAUGCUUCGUUAUUUGUUAUGAGACUGGCACUUGAGCACAUUGACCAAUACAAUUGAACAAUGACUAAUAGAUAACGUCACUGAGCUAGAGGUCAGUGUGUUUACAGGAGGUAACCGCACCGCAUCCUCUGCUGAGCUUUUGGACAGGUACACUUUGUUUAUUCCCAUUUUAAUCUGCUAAUGGCUAUGCCUCAAUUCUGUGAAAUAUUAUUUUCACGUGGACAAAAGAAAAUUGAAGUGCAGAAUGCUUGCUAAUACUCUAACCAUAUGCCAAACCGUGUUCAUGUGCAGUUAAGGGGUAGUAGUGAUGGGGCCGGGAAGUGUAAUUCAUGCCACAUUUUCUGAAACUUCAGACUUUCUCCUCAUAAUCUUCUAAAACAUUUCCAUUUGAUCUCAGUGUUAUGGAACCCAUUGACAACAAAGUCCUCUACAGUUUAGUAGAGGCACACAUCUCGAACCAUUUCAACGUUAACACUUGUUGUGGAUUUUAGUGACAAGUGUUAUGAACCUGCCCUGGUGAUGUAGUGAUGACCUUUGCACCUCAAACACUAAAGCUCCCACUGUGCCACUGUUUCAUAGCGAUGCUGCCAGACCUAACACAAUUUUGUCUGUAAAGUUUUAAAUGAGAAUUGUCCUUUGUAAAGAAAUUUUGUAAAGAAAUCUAUAAUCCUAAUAAAUAUGUCAAGAAGGCA